CCAGGUCUCUCCCCCAGUUCUCCCGCGGUAUUCGUACGCUAUAAAACACGACGGGCAACCGAGCGGCAACGUUUAGUGCCGUGCCGAUCGCGGUUCCGAGUAGUGUUGCGUCGUCGCUGGUUGAUUGAAGUUCGGUGUCGAAGAGAUGUGCGGGCGCUUAUCGCUGUUGGUGCUGGCCGGGCUCGUGGCCGUUGCCCUGGCCGCCGGUUCGAAUCUGGAGGAGGACGAACUGGCUGCUUCCAAGUACGUGACCGACCUGGAGCAGGAGAUUCUGUCCCGCAACAACGAAGCCACCGAGGCGUCCUGGGCCUACGAAUCGAACCUGACCGAGGAGAACCUGAAGAAACGGAACGAGAUCCAGACGCAAAAUGCUAAUUAUUUUAAGGAAGUCGCCCGUGAGCUGCGAAAGUUCAACUACAAGGCCUUCAAAGAUGAAGAUCUGAAGCGCAAGAUUCAAAAGAUGACCGACCUGGGCUAUGCCGCUCUUUCGGAAGAUAAGUUUACCCAGAUGUUGGACGCCAUCUCGAGUAUGUCAGAGAAUUACGCCAUGGCCAAGGCUUGUGAUUUCAAAGAUUCCACCAAGUGUGAUCUCUCACUGGAACCUGAGCUGACGGAGAUCUUCGCUACCAGCCGCGAUCCGGAGGAGUUGAAGCACUACUGGAUUCAAUGGUACAAUGCUGCAGGUGCACCGACCAAAGAAGACUUCCUCAAGUACGUCCAGUUGAAUAAGGAAGCUGCUGAGUUGAACAAUUUCACUUCUGGCGCUGAAGCUUGGUUGGAUGCCUAUGAGGAUGAAACAUUCGAAGCACAAGUAGAUGCUGCUAUCGAAGAAAUCCGACCACUGUACGAACAGAUCCAUGCAUACGUGCGCCAUCGGCUACGUGAGCGCUACGGAAACGACGUGGUCUCGGAGAAGGGGCCCAUCCCGAUGCAUCUGCUAGGAAAUAUGUGGGGUCAGACGUGGGAUAACAUUGCUGAUAUUACAACGCCCUUCCCGGAGAGCCGUCUACUGGAUGUGACCGAAGAGAUGGUUAAUCAAGGCUACAACCCACUCCAAAUGUUCCAUAUGGGAGACGAAUUCUUCGUUUCUCUCAACAUGACCGUACUGCCACCCUCCUUCUGGGAGAAAAGUAUUCUUGAGAAACCAACCGACGGUCGCGAGUUGGUCUGUCACGCUUCUGCAUGGGACUUCUACAGCAAGGACGACGUUCGUAUCAAACAGUGCACUCGCGUCACCAUGGAGGACUUCUUCACCGUGCACCACGAGCUCGGACACAUCCAGUACUUCCUGCAGUACCAACACCAACCGAGUAUGUACCGCGAGGGAGCCAAUCCUGGCUUCCAUGAGGCUGUUGGUGAUGUUCUCUCCUUAUCUGUGUCCACGCCAAAGCAUCUGGAGCGCAUUGGUCUCCUCAAGGACUUCGUCUUGGAUGAAGAAUCCAAGGUGAACCAGUUCUACCGAUCCGGUUUGAGCAAAUUAGUCUUCCUGCCGUUCGCCUACACCAUCGACAAGUACCGAUGGGGAAUUUUCCGCGGAGACAUCCAGCCGCAUGAGUACAACUGCAAGUUCUGGGAAAUGCGCUCCAAGUUCUCCGGCAUUGAACCCCCCGUCGUUCGUACCGAGAAAGACUUCGACGGUCCGGCCAAGUACCACGUGUCGGCCGAUGUCGAGUACCUGCGCUACCUGGUAUCCUACAUCAUCCAGUUCCAGUUCCACCGAUCGGCCUGCGAACUGGCCGGUGAGUACGUCAAGGGCGACCCGGAGAAGACUGUCAACAACUGUGAUAUCUACCAGAGCGUAAACGCUGGUAAUGCCAUCAAGGAGAUGCUGGCUAUGGGAUCGUCGAAGCCGUGGCCCGAUGCGAUGGAAGCCCUGACCGGGCAGCGUACGAUGAGUGCCGAUGCUCUGCUGGAAUACUUCAAGCCGCUGUAUGACUGGCUGGUGGUGGAGAACAAGCGCCUGGGAGCGUACGUUGGAUGGGAGGCGACUGAUAAAUGCAAGCCGGAAUGAGAUGCACGUGUGCUUAAAUAUUGUUUUUAGUUAGGUGAUUGAAACGAUCUAUUUUGAACUAUUUUAAACGAUCAUAAAUAUAGAGACAUUUGUUUCCCACGUGAAAA